AUGAGCACUUCCCGUCAGCCGGCUGUGCUCCCCACCCAUACUUCCCCAGGAUCGACUAGCACCGCGUCUCCCUCUCAAAAGAAUGCUCGUAACGCCUAUCCCGACAUGUUAGGUUCACCGCCGGUUCCUCCCCCGCGAACCUCGUCAACAAACCACAGCCGCCGGAGUCCGAACGGGGCCCCGGGCGAAAAACACAGUUCCCGAGGAAAGAGCAGGACCGAGCGAAAGGAACACCGCGAGCGUCCACGUGAAGACCGAAACGGCAAAUCACGGAGACACCAGGGAGAAGAGAGUUCUGGCGAAGUGGAGCGAACAGCGCCACCGGUCCAACCCGAGAUGGAGCCCGAGGGAAAUCUAGUGAAGGAGUCUAAUGCCGUGCUCAACUCUGUUCAGGUCAGCGACCCUGUCGUGGACCACGAAAGAGAGCAGGUGCGACAAGUUGGCGCAUCGACAGAGCACGCCUCCUCAUCGGGCUUGGCCCCUGGAUUUGAAGGCGCAGAAGAGGCUCGCGGGCCUCGCAGUCGACAUGAUUACAACAACGGAAAUAUCGUCAAGCGCAAGGAGACCACUUUCGGCUCUUACAUUCUUGGGCAAACUCUCGGUGAGGGUGAGUUCGGAAAGGUCAAGCUGGGCUGGAAGCGCGAUGGCAGCAUCCAGGUAGCUAUCAAGCUUAUUCGGAGGGACUCUCUGGGAACGAACCCCAGUAGACUACCGAAGAUCUACCGCGAAAUUUCUAUUCUACGCGAUCUGGCACACCCUAAUAUUGUACGCCUCCACGAAAUGGUGGAAACCGACCGACACAUUGGUAUCAUCAUGGAGUAUGCAUCAGGAGGUGAGCUGUUUGACUACAUCUUGAACAACCGCUACCUGAAAGACAAUUCUGCGCGCCGACUGUUUGCUCAGCUCGUUUCGGGAGUUGGCUAUCUACAUAAGAAGGGAAUUGUCCACCGUGAUCUGAAACUGGAGAACUUGCUUCUCGACCGGAACCGCAACAUUAUCAUUACGGAUUUCGGAUUCGCCAAUACCUUCAAUCCAGUAGACCCGCUGGACGAGGAGAUCGAGUACAACUUGACUAACAAGGAAUAUGUCAAGCGGAAGCGCCUGGACAAGGUUAAUGGCGAUGGUUUGCGCCGAGGCGAUCUGAUGCAGACCAGCUGUGGCAGUCCCUGUUACGCUGCUCCCGAGCUGGUUGUGAGCGACUCCUUAUACACAGGUCGCAAGGUCGAUGUGUGGAGUUGUGGUGUCAUCUUGUAUGCCAUGUUGGCUGGAUACCUUCCCUUUGACGACGACCCAGCAAACCCCGACGGCGACAACAUUAAUCUUCUGUACAAAUACAUCGUCACCACACCUCUCACAUUCCCCGAAUAUGUAACACCACAUGCACGCGAUCUUUUGAGGAGGAUAUUGGUUCCCGACCCGCGGAAGCGUGCAGAUCUGUUUGAGGUAGCCCGGCACAGCUGGCUCAGUGAAUACUCGCACGUUGUGUCUCAUAUCACAAGCAGCACAACAAAUGUUGCGGACAUUGCCAACACCACAAUUCCUUCCGGUGAGACCAGUUCCUUUCGAAUGCUCAGUUUGAAACUUACAGUUACAGAAAUACAAAAAGAAGCUCCCCCUCUCGCCCGAAGUGCCUCUGUGCGCGAACCACCCAAGACAUCUCAAAGCAAUGUCCCAGCUGUUGGUGGUCUGAACCACCAUGCGGGAGAUAUUUCGCAAGACUCGCCAUCCGAAAAGUCCAAAACCACCCGCGACGCCAAGCGAAGAACCGUCCAAGUCGAGUAUGUUGCUCCUCAGUCACAAACGACCAGAGGAGAACCUCCAGUAGAAGCAACGACCUCUCGCCGAGCUCCAGCUCCGGCAGAACCAGCUAUGGCGCCAGUGCAACCAGCAGAGCCAGUCCAAAAGAAGGGCGCAGAUGCGCCGGCGCUCAACCUCAACAAGCCCCUUCCAGGAUAUUUCCCGCGCUCGACCUCGGAUAACGCAGCACUCACUGGGUCGCAACACGUUGGGCUUCCAUCGGGAGCCCGGCCCGCCACUGGUGGCUCCAUGGCUUCCUUCAACAACGCUGGUCGUUUGCCUUCUCGUGGUUCCUACGGACAGCCGGUGGCUCCUACCGUUACCGCAACUAAUACCGAAGGCCGCUUGGCACAGCCGAAGAGCAGACAGUUCACCCUUCCUCAGGAACCAGAGACCUCUAGUACAUCGAUCGGUCGUCCAAGUACCCAGGUAUUGCCCUCAAAAUUCAACACGACUCCUCGACAAGAGCCACCAAAGGGCCACAAGAGAUCCAACACUGUUUCCAGCCUUGGCGAGAAGCUUUUCGGACGCUCUGGCUCAAUCAUGGGUGGUCGUGGCUCUCAAGCCAACGCACCUCGCACAAAACAAGACAAGCGUUACCCUCCAGUCAGCAUGAAGGAACCACUGCCGAGAGAGAAUUCCAGAAUGUCCAUGGACUCCCGGCGUUCCAUGCAAUAUCCCCAUAACCGCAAGGCAAGCGAAUCUGGUCUCGAGAACCGCCCUCGACGGUUCUCCCUUCUCCCGCAAUCCUUCUCCUUCCGAGGCUUCUCCACCGGCCGAGCUCAAAUACCCGAUGAACAUGCAGAAAUCCCUCGCCCUAUCGAGUCACGUGGUCAACAACGGCCAGCUACAGGCCCUGCAGGCCCUGGAGAAGGUCGGGCUCGCUCGACAAGCUAUGGCGCUCAAGAUGCCAUGGGAAUGGUAAGCGAGGGACCUGGAGAGGACGUUCAUGCCGAAAACGAGCCUCUCAGCUACGAAGCCCAAAUCGACCGGCAAUUCGCAGACCUGGGCACUCAAUUCGACCCGCAACAGGAUCCCUUCGGUAUGCCAUCGGCUGAACAGGUGUACCAAAACUCUCGAGACCGAGACCAGUACUCUGACAAGAACUAUGGCUACCAGUCCAAGCCCAACUACUACGACGACUACAACGGCACCUAUGACAGUAUGCCUCGUCAGUCAAUGCAGGCUGGUCGCUCAAAUCGUGGUCCGAACGUUUUGCAAAAGAACCACCGCAAAUUCGCCGAUGCCUACGAAUAUGAGCGGGACGGAUCCCACCACUCUGGCAGCUCUGGUGCAGCACGCAAAGUCAUGGAUUUCUUCCGCAGACGUGCCAAGUCUAGAGCUGGCGAUGAGCGUUGA